GGCGCAUGUUCGGCGGGCGGGGCCUCUCGGGUCUCGAGGCGCUGCAAUCUGUUGCGCCGUCGUCCGCGGGAGCCGGCAGAUCCGGGUCUCGUGGCUAAGAGUGACGUGGUCAAUCGAAUCCAAACACAGGAGGGGGAGGACGCCGGCAGCCAGGAGCACCAGCGGCAGCGGCGUCCGGCGCAGCCGCAACGUUCCGGAAGCCCCAGGCGGUCUUUCUGCCGAGACUAGGUCCCGGCCCCCACCCUCCCCGCCCCGUCGGUUGUUGUCUGGGCGGGUAGUGCUGAGGAUUGAACCCAGUGCCUCAUAUGUGCCAGAUUUAAACAGUCAAGUAAAAUCAAGCUGGGUAAUCAUGGCAGAAGGUGGAUUCGAUCCCUGUGAAUGUGUUUGCUCUCAUGAACAUGCGAUGAGAAGGCUGAUCAAUCUGUUGCGGCAGUCCCAGUCUUACUGCACGGACACAGAAUGUCUUCAGGAAUUACCAGGACCCUCUGGUGACAAUGGCAUCAGUAUUACUAUGAUCUUGAUGGCCUGGAUGGUUAUUGCAGUGAUCUUGUUCUUGCUGAGACCUCCUAAUCUAAGAGGAUCCAACUUAUCCAGAAAGCCAACCAGUCCUCAUAAUGGACAGGAUCCACCAGCUCCUCCUGUGGACUAACUUUGUGAUAUGGGAAGUGAAAAUAGUUAACACCUUGCAAGACCAAAUGAACGAAGAUGACCAGAGUACUUUUAACCCCAUUAGAACUGUUUUUCCUUUUGCAUCUGCUAUAUGGGAUGGUAUUGUUUUCAUGAGCUUCUAGAAAUUUCACUUGCAAACUUAUUUUUGCUUCCUGUGUUAUCACCAUUCCCAUUUACAGUAUAUUUGAGUAAAUGAUUAUAUUUAAAAAGUUACGUGGGGCUUUUUUGGUUGUCCUAAACUUUAAACAUUCCACUCAUUCUGUUUGUAACUGUGACCAUAAUUUUUGGGUGAUGUGUGACCUGAUUGAAGGAAAUUUGAGUUUUCUGCAUUUAAAUAUUUUAAAUAGUUUUGAUAGAUUCUUAAGGUUUUUUUCUUCAUAAGGUAUUUAUAAAGUUAUUUGGGGUUACCUGGGAUUAUAUGAAAGAAAAUGAGAACCACACUGUAUUUGCAUUUACUUUGGUAGUUUAUUAGUGGGUGGCAGUUUUCUCUAGUUCUUGGAACUGUGGCAACUCUUGGAAUAUUUUACAAAUUAUAGCUGAAAUCUGUAUCAUAUAUUGCAGCUGACUUAUGUGGCUAGACUAGGAGGAGAAGUGAAAUGGUUGUUUUAAUAAUUUUUUUACUCCCUUUAAAAAUGUCUAAUGUUAAGAUUUUUUUUCUUUUUUUUUUUUUUGCGGUGCUGGGCAUUGAAUCCAGGGCCUAGUACAUGCUAGGCAAGUGCUCUACCGCUGAGCUAUCUCCCUAGCCCAAGAAUACUUUAAAUAAACAUGAAUAAUCAAUAUGGUAGAUAAUUUACAAUCCAGUAUGAUAUUUGCAAGCCAUACCCUAGCCUUACAAGGUUCAUGUGAAAGGAGGGGAAAAGUUUAUUCUUUCUCUCUUUGCCAGGAAUAAUCUAUCUAGUAAUAACUUAAGCUAUAAUUUGUUUUGUAAAUGAGUGCCUCUCAGGACACCUCUCUUUGUUCUAACACUUCCCUGUUAAAGUGAAACUUUCUUACAUCUAUAUUGGGGCUUAAUAGCUUACUGACAUUUGAAUGCCUAUUUACUUAUUUACUCUAUUUGAAGAAAAUUUUGAGACUUUGGUUAUCCUUCCAACUUCAAAAAAAAUUUAAUGAAGUUUUGUUUUAUUCCAAGGGAAAAGGAAGAAAAUUAGAAACAAUCAAGAAUAUUUUCCCACCCUUUACCUCAUUCCUGUUUGGUAAUGGGAUGGAUUGGGGUGGAAAAGAACAUUGAUAUUAGUGAAGUUUGAAAUGCAUAAAAAAGUAAAAGGUUACAUUGUUUUUGCUAAGUUUGGCAAAAAAGUAAAUAUAAAUUGCAUUAAAAAAUGUCUGCACAACCCAUGUGGUUAUGGAAUUUUUUCCUUAACAAGUGAUUACAUAUGAUUUAUGGGGCUAGAAGAUACUUUGUUAUCAAAUGUAAGGAUUUUUACCUAGGUCAGUCUAGCUUUUCAUUGUACAGAUCUGAGAAACUAUUUGUGUGAACUAAAUAAACUUCUCUAUAUUAUUGUACUGUUUAAUAGUCUCUGAUACAAUUGUGUGACACUCAUAGGGUGUUUCCCCCUUUAUUAUGAUUACAUUAUAGGCCAUAAACAUUGUAAAGGCAUCAUUUCAUUAUAUAAUCUAAUGUGACUGCUUGCAUUCCUUCUUGUGCAUCUUUGUUUUGUGCUCAACUUCUUGAAAUAAUAUAACUAGCUCUUAAUUACUUAUGCUGAUAAAGUGGUAAGUUAAAUCUUGGAUAAAUGAACACCACAGAGUAAAGAUUUGUCUUGCAGUGGCCCACUGGAAGCUAUCCCAUCUCUAUCCAUAGCUAGUAAAGUAUUUAAAGCAGAAAGAUGUUGAAUGGCAAAUAUCAGCUAACUACCUGAUGCAGUCCUUUAUCUGCUGUGCCUCUUGAACAUAGAAGGCUCACCCAUAUAUCCUAAAAUCAGUUCCUAACUCACUAGAAAACCAAUCCCGGGAGAGAUGCUAAUAUAUUCACUGAGUCUGUGGAUCAUAAUUUAAAAUUGGCUUCUGUUCAAGUGGCCAAAAUAUGGAUAAAAAUGUCUAGUAUUAGAGACCUGAAAUUUUUUAAUUCUUUCAUUUUUGUCACAUACACUUAAUUGGCAUUGCAUCUAAAUACAUUAGGCUUUUCCUAUAUGAAUCUACUACUAAGUUAGUAAUAGAAAUUCUUAGUGAACUGUUUAGUCCUGGGGUUUUUGCUUUUAAAAUUUCUUUGCAUUUCUGAAAAGUCAUUGUACUGCACAUAAGUGUUCUUGUUAACCUAACUAGUGAUUUAUGUUAUUAUAUUUAAUUCUUAAAGCUUUGACAUGUGGCCUUUAAAUUGAGCACAUUCUUAAAUCAUUACUUACCUUGUAAACAUUCACUUGAAAUAUGGCCAUAAUCCUUUUAAAAUAAUCUGCAUAAAAGAAAGAUGAGGCUUACAUUUUUAUUACUUUGGACUCUUAAACAUUCUGCAAAUGCUAUUAGGGAUAGUUUAUUUUGAGGGUUGGGGGUAUAACUCAGUGGUAGAAUGCUUGCCAGCAUAUACAAGGCCCUGGGCUUAAUCCUCAGCACCACCAAAAGGAAAAAAAAAAAAAGAGUUUAUUGUGUUUUAGAGUCAUUUAAUGUUCUUAAAACAAUAGUAAUUUUGGCUUUGCUUUUCAUAUGGAAAAAGUUAACAUUGGAACUAUUUAUAGUAAAAGAUUUUAUCGUGUAUCUAUCUAAGCACUGCCCCCAUUGUCAGCAAGUCAUAUUUUACAAUUUGCAGAGAUUUUCUAUUAGUAUCUUUAUUAUGGUAUGUGAUAUGACACUGUGUAUGGAAUUAGCAACAUCUUAAAAUUUCAAAGGAACAUUGAAAAUCUAUUGCUGUGAAUGAAAAUCUGUCACUCUAAAUGGGUAUGUGCUCAAAUUUGACCAGUUUAAGACACAAAACAGCAACUUGAAGAAGGAAAAAUGAAGAGAGUUUACAAUUAAUGGAUUAAAUUUUGUUGUUGUAAUAGUAGGGUUAGUCUUAUAUUUCUAAAUGAAAAAUCAUAUGUAUUGUUACAAUGUCUGAUGAUUACUUUGUUAAAAGCAAAAGUGGUCAUGUGAUGUACUAAAUGUAAAUUGCUGUUUUUAAAUGUUUAAAUCAUGCCAAACAAAUUAUGUCUGUGCCAUCCAGGAUUUAUUGUUAAUCUUUUACUGAGUACUUGGAUUGGGAUUAAGGGCUUGUACUAUGCACUUUUUAUCAAUGAAUAAAUAGAAAAUGUUAGUAACGCU